AUGGAUACAACUGAACAAAUAUAUCAAUCUCAAUCUCAAAAUCGAAAUCAGACUCGACUAAAGUCAACUGUUUUGUGUUCCUUUUAUACGAGAAUUGGUGCUUGUCGGCAUGGCGAAAAAUGCACCAAAAAGCAUUUGAGACCAACAAGUACGAAAACUAUAUUAAUUCCCAACCUUUAUCAAAAUCCACGAUUUGAUCUAGAAGAAUAUUUAAAACCGAAUAAAAAACAUCAUCUGGCCAAGAAACGGAAAACUGAGAACAAAAAAGAUGGUGAAGCUGAUGCAAAGAUCAAACAUGAGCCAAGAGAUGAUGUUAAGGAUAACGAGGAGGUGAUUGCUGUUGAUGAAGACAAUAAGAAACUUAAUGAAAUAAAGAAGAAAAUUUCUGAAGCAUUGAUAGAUAAAGAUAAAGAAAAGGACAUUGAAGGAGAAUCCAAAAUUACUCAGCAAGACAAACAUGAUGAAUCAAGUAAAGAGGAACAAAGCGAACUUGAGAAGGAAGAAUUGGCACACCAAGAUACAACACCAGAAGUGCCGAAUCACAGCCAGGAGAAGACAUGCAUCAACCAAGAAAAACAUAGUCAUGAUGAAAGCCAUCCUGUCCUCACCGACGAACAGAUUCGGAAAGAUUUUGAUUUAUUUUACCAAGAUAUAUUUGUUCAUAUUGCUAAAUUAGGCCAGAUCAAUGAUAUGGCUGUGUGUGAAAAUGAAAACCAUCUAUCUGGUCAUGUGUACGUCAAGUUCAAUGAUUAUGAGGAUGCAUAUAACGCAAACUUGCAAUUGAAUCAGGAAUGGUAUAAUGGGAGACCAAUCUACAGUGAGCUAUCGCCUGUAAAUAGUAUUUCCGAUGCACAUUGUCUGGCUUGGGAUCAUGGUCAUUGUAACCGUGGAGCAACGUGUAAUUACUUGCAUGUCAAACAACCAACACAAGGAAUGAAGAAGUCUCUCUAUGACUCACAAUCAAAGAGUUAUACACUAAAGAGAUUGGAAAUGUUGAAAAAACAGGUUCCAGGAGAAAUUAUAUCUGGUGCAGGCAGCAAUAUGGCUAACGGCAAUGAAGUUAAUGUCAAUAAUAUUAGCAUAAGAUCAACAACAGCAUUUCUCGAACACUUGUUUUAA